UUUUUUUUUUUUUCCACACUCCCUGCUAAGCGUGACUCAAUUGAUACCCAUUUCUUCGACACCAUGAUGCACGAAAAAGAAGACGAGUCCAACUCGAGACUGCUCGCUAACCGGGUGGAUGAGUCUGAGGAGGAUCUCGAGUCCCUGCAAUCGGCCCCCGACGCGAGGCAACAUGAUACCCAAAGGAGAGGAGGCUGGAGGAGAAAUGCAGCUGUAGCGGCGGCAUUUGUCUUCUCAAACCUCUUUUCUAUGCACUUGGGUUCUUAUAUGACGUCGGCUCCGACGGACCUAGAUAAUGCUUGUGCUGCACACACAACACAAUGGUCGCCUGUGUUGAAGGACGUGGAUGUCAAGUAUGACUGGAAGCAUUUCAACGGAUCGUUCCUACAGGAAGACAUCUUUAGGAAAGAAGCCUCACCAGAGGUCGACGCAGCGUGGGAGUCUAUGGGCGUGGAUUACCGCGCCGGAGUCAUCUCAAUUGAAGAUGGCUUGAAGAGCGGCCUAGACAUGUCAUUUGUGAGGAGGUCAGAAAAGUACGGCGCGGGCUUCUUUGUCAACGUUGAGGGAAUGCAUCACCUUCACUGCCUGAACUUGGUUCGGAAAUCCCUCUACUACAACUACGACUACUACAAGAAGAUGGGCACGCACGCCUUCGCCAACGAAGAGCACAUUGUUCGUCUUCACGUCUCACAUUGCCUAGACACAAUCAGGCAAGUCCUGGUCUGCAACGUCGAUACCGCUGUUCUCGGCCAGGUCUGGGCCAGCGAUCCCCCGGCUCCUUUCCCCGACUUCAAUACCAAGCACAUGUGCAAGAACUACGGGGCGAUACAAGAAUGGGCAGAGAAGCUUCAGGCUCCUCCCGUCGAUACCCUCCCUGGCGACUACACAGCACCUCCCGAGCCAAGUGAUGUUCUUCCCACAACGCCAUGAACACUAGAGUAGAGAGGUGAAGCCUGUGUAAGAUGAGAACGAGUUAAUAACUCUAGAACAUGACAAAUAUAAUUGAACUCUAUUUCUAAGGGGUGCUAGCAUCUCAUGUGAGGCCUGUAGAUCCAAGACUACUUGUACUUUAGCCAUCAGUAGUUGAACUCCUGGCUAACAAGCUUCUCGCUCAACUUCCACAACCUAUCCGCCUCAAUCUUGUUG